ACCUAUCGAUAGGCGGGAUAGAAAUUCUCUAGACUGCACCGCGCUGCUGGCAUGUGCAAUAGUACACGACGCUGGUGAAAUCAAUUCGUUUGUGUAUUAAAAGGGCAAUAUCUAGCUGCCGUUUUUGUGCAUUCCAAGAUGGUCGAGGAGAAAGAGAACGUGGCCAAUGGGGAGCAGGUCUCCAAAAAGGGAGCUAAAAAGCUGGCCAAGGCCGCUAAGAAAGCCGAACAAAAAGCGGAGAAUGCCUCCGCCGUGGCGGCUAAUAAUGCUGGCGGAGAUUCUGCCGAGGAUCACGCCGCCGGAAAAUAUGGCCUUUCCGAGAUGAUCCAAUCCAAGGACAAACGCAUUGAACGCAACUUUGUCCCAGUUUCGGAACUAAGCGGUCAGGUGGGCAAAGGACUGGUUUGGGUGCGAGGACGCGUCCACACGUCUCGAGCCAAGGGAAAGCAGUGCUUCCUCAUCCUGCGUCAGCAGAGCAGCACGGUGCAGUGCAUCCUGGCUGUCGGUGAUGUCAUCUCCAAGCAGAUGGUCAAAUUUGCGGGCAAUAUCCCCAAGGAAAGCAUUAUCGAUAUCCAAGCCAAGCCAGUGGCGGUGUCCGGCAAGAUUGAAUCCUGCACAGAGCAGUCGCUGGAAUUGUCCGUCGAGCAGAUAUUCGUAAUUUCCCAGGCCAAGGCUCAGUUGCCGUUGCAAAUCGAGGAUGCGUCGCGCCCCGAGAACGCCGAUGAUGCGGAAGGUCUCAAUAUUCGCGUGAACCAGGACACGCGCUUAGACAAUCGAGUGCUCGACCUGAGGACCCCGGCCAAUCAAGCCAUUUUCCGACUGGAAGCGGGAGUAUGUCGUCUGUUCCGCGAUAUUCUCACCGAGCAGGGCUUCACCGAGAUACACACGCCAAAAAUCAUAUCGGCGGCCAGUGAGGGUGGUGCCAAUGUGUUCACCGUGAGCUACUUUAAGGAUUCAGCCUAUCUAGCGCAGUCACCGCAGCUGUACAAGCAGAUGGCCAUCGCCGCCGAUUUCGACAAGGUCUAUACCGUAGGUGCCGUAUUCCGUGCAGAGGAUUCGAACACCCAUCGGCACUUGACCGAGUUCGUAGGCCUUGAUCUGGAAAUGGCCUUUAAGUACCACUAUCACGAGGUGCUGCACACGAUUGGCAACACGUUUACGGCCAUUUUUAAGGGACUGCGUGACAAGUACGCGAAGGAAAUCGAAUCUGUAGGCCAGCAGUUCAAGGUGGAUGCCUUCAAGUUCCUGGAGCCACCACUUAUCCUCCAGUUCGCCGAUGGCGUGGCCAUGUUGCGCGAGGCUGGUGUGGAGACGGGCGAUGAGGAGGAUCUGUCUACGCCCAACGAGAAGCUGUUGGGUCGCCUGGUCAAAGCCAAGUACGACACUGACUUCUACAUCCUUGACAAGUUCCCGUUAGCGAUACGGCCCUUCUACACGAUGCCUGAUCCGAACAAUCCUGUCUACUCCAACUCCUACGAUAUGUUCAUGCGCGGCGAGGAGAUCCUGUCCGGCGCGCAGCGUAUCCACGAUGCCGAGUACUUAAUGGAGCGAGCCAAGCACCAUGGCAUUGAUACCUCCAAGAUUGCGGCGUAUAUCGAGUCCUUCCGCUAUGGAUGUCCUCCACACGCUGGCGGUGGUAUUGGAAUGGAACGCGUGGUGAUGUUGUAUCUGGGAUUGGACAACAUCCGCAAGACUUCCAUGUUCCCACGCGAUCCCAAACGACUAACGCCUUAAACACGCCAAACACAAACGACUUACUCUUUAGAUUUGAAUCCAAUUCGAUGAAAUCAUUGUUUUACUUUCCCUGUGACUUUCCAAGCAUUCAGUUCUUUUUAUUUUUACGCCAAUCCCAUUUGUGUGUGUUUUAUCCUUUUUUCUCAAGACUAACAUGCUGCGAAGUUGUUAAACAACGAGAAAAAUGUACGGGAAGACUGCCUAGAGUCAAAUUUAUUUGGAAACUCGUAAAAAAUAAAUAUUUGCGCGUAUGUUUUGUACUUUAA